AUUCAGAGUGAGUGAAAAUGUCACUGCAAAAGCUCUUCAGCUGUCAUCUCAUAUUAGCACUGUCUAUAUGUCUUGUAGUGGAAAGUGCAAAUGUAUAUUACAGAUACCGUAUUUCAAGAUGCAUCUACAGCUCCUCUAACAUCAGUGACAUGGUGUAUUUUGACAACUCCUACUUCAAUAAAUAUUUAUUCAUUCAGUUUGACAGCACUUUGGGGAGAUUUGUGGGGUUUAACGAGUAUGGGAUGAAACUUGCAGAGAUCUUGAACAGUGGCCCCUUAGUGUAUGAAGAAAGAGAUAUUGUGGACUGGUUCUGCAAAGGUAAUGCUGAAAUCUUUGACUCCAGUAUCAGUGAUAAAUCAGUGAAACCAAAGGUUAAGCUCAGUUCAGUGACGCGGGCUGGUGGCGGACAUCCAGCUGUGUUGAUGUGCAGCGCAUAUGAAUUUUAUCCUCCACACAUCAAAGUGUCCUGGCUGAGAGAUGGUAAACUGAUGACCUCUGAAGUGACCUCUACUAUGGAGAUGGCUGAUGGGGACUGGUACUACCAGAUUCACUCUGAGCUGGAGUACACCCCCAAAUCUGGAGAGGAGAUCUCCUGUAUGGUUGAGCACGCCAGCUUCAAUAAACCCAUGAUCUAUGACUGGGGUAAGAUGAGACACUCAACAGGUGUUAUAUUAUAACUGUGUUUGUGGUAA